AUGGCCCCGGUCCGGCCGCCGCGCUCGCCUGGCCGCCGCCUGCCCGCGGUCUCCGCCUCCUCCGCCGCCGCCGCCGAGCGGGCGGGCUCGGGGCGGGCGGGGGGAGGGCGCGCCGGCGCUUGGAGAUCCCCGGACGCCCCCGCCCGGGCGCGCGCGACCUCGGGCGCCGAGAAGGCAGGCGGCGGCGGGCGGGGCGCCGGGCGGGUCGACCCCGGGCGCCGGCCCCGGCCGCGCGGACUCUCGCAGCUCGGGCCGCCGCCGCAGCCGCCGGGGAGGGGCCGGGGCUCCGGCCUUUGUCCCGCGCGAGCGCCGGGAGGGCCGCGGGCGCCCCCUCCUGCCGUGCCCCGGCCACGCGGGGGGCCGGGCGGGGGCCACCUCCUGCCUCCGCCGCGCCCCCCACCCCUGCCCCCGGGGCCAGACCAUCCCAGACUCGCUUGUCCCUCCCGGCGGGGCAGCCAAGGGGUCCUGCCCCGGGGACGUCCACCUCUGCGGGGGGGCCUCGAGCCACUACCCCCUCCCCGAUCCUCGGAAGGGUCCCCGCGCUCCUCUCCAUCAGGACACGCAGGCAGUCCGCGGAGCCCCGCCCUGGGAGAGGAAGAGGCACCGAGGCACUCACCCGCCCCCUCGCCCCCCCGCCCCCCACGCCGGUCAUGCAACCCCUCCAACCCCUGA